AUGUACUUGAACUUCGAUGAAUUUUACCGAUGGCCGAUCCUCGCGAUGAAGCUCAACAGAUCGCAUCCUCACAUCAAAAGAGACAAGAAAUGGUUCAUGCAAUUCUUCAUUCUACACGGAAUGUUUACCAUAAUAUUCCUACUGAUUAUUUACUGCGUGAUAUUCCACGAUUUGAAAAACAAUGACUUUUCAGCAACAUGUCGCAACGGAUGCCUCAGCGUUAUGUACUUCGUAGUAUCUUUUAACUACGCAGUCAUGCUGGCCAAUCAAGAUCUACUGACAAGUAUGUUUGAAAUAAUGAAGGCGGAUUAUAAGGAAACCCAAAGCUUUAUAACUGAAGAACAAAAAGUUGUUUUAAAGUACGCAGAACAGAGCAAAUGGGUGUGUACGCAAUGGUUGGCGAUAUCUAUCGCUGGAGUGGUCUUGUUUCCAUUAAGGAAUUUCAUUCUCUAUGCAUAUUAUUACUACAAAGAUGAUUUCAAGCUUGUGCCAGUGUAUGAUAUGACAUUUCCAAGAAUAAUAGAAGAGAAUAAAGAAAGCAAUUUCUUUGUAUAUCUCCUCACGUAUUUCCUUAUUAUGUAUUUUGGUUUGUAUGGGUCGUUUAUGUACGCCGCUUUUGUGCCUAUUGGUCCGAUAUUUAUGCUGCAUAGUUGUGCGCGGCUGGAGGUUAUUAUAAAGAGAGUGAAGGAUCUGUUUAUUUUGAAUAAUGAGGAGGAAGCAAACGAGAAAUUGAAAGAUAUAAUACAAGAAAUUCAAUACGUAUACAGUUUCGUGGAGAAAACCAAAAUAUGUUUUAGAGUAGUGUACGAGUUAACUAUGAAAGCUACCACGAUUAUUCUACCGAUAGCAAUCUACGAAGUCAUUAAGGCUUUCCACAAAGGCGAGAUCCGCGUGGAGUUAGGAGCGUUUAUUUUUGGCGGUGUUUUGAUAAGCAGUUCGCCGUGUUUCUACAGCGACCUGCUCAUGGAGAAGGGUGAGGAGCUUCGUCUAGCAGUAUAUAGCAGUAGGUGGGAGGAGGCGUCUUCUAGCAGAGCUCGGUCCACCCUGCUGGUGAUACUCCUGAGAGCCCUGCAGCCCAUCGCCAUACGUACCAUGUUCCGGACAGUCUGCCUGGAUGCUCUUACUGAUCUUUUCCAGCAAUCCUAUGCGAUUUUCAACCUUAUGUGUGCCAUGUGGGGAUAACGUAGUAUGUAUAUUAUAUUAACGUUGCGCACACGCAGUCAGAUUAUUGCA